AUGGGCAUUGCUCUCUGGUUAGUACCCAAAUCACACUCGCUUUUCUACGAAUCGGCCGAUUCAUUGAUCAUCUCCCUUCACACUCUCUUCGAUAACGCUCCCACUUUCGAACCUCACAUCACCAUAACUUCGGGCAUCGUCAUAAACACCCCCAGCGAUGUGGCAGUAUUGUUGAACUCUGCGUUGGCUGCCAUAAAUUCAUUGAACCAAAUCCACCAACAGCGACGGGAGGAACAGCAACAACAACGCAAACAGAUGGAAAACCAAUCAGAUACUUCCCUCAAUGACAACAACACCAAUAUUUCCGAAUCGUCUCUGGAGAACGCCAUAUCAGAUCAGUUAAUAUUAUUCGAUAAAUUGGAAUUUGGCAAGAAGUAUUUCCAAAAAGUCAAACUCUCGGUAUAUCCGAACCCUAACUUGGUAUCGUUUGCUCGGAUCAUCAGGGAAUUGUUUGUUGAGGCUCCAGGACUCAAGCAACGGGUUUUACAACAGUCCUCCUCAUUGGCUCCUCCGUCUAAUGACCGGCCAAAAAGAUCGAAAAGUCUCUCGAAACGGGUUGCCAGUAAUAGUAGUGCUCUUUCCUCCGCCACUUCCGAAUCUACAGAAGGAGGAUCGUCAACAACCCUUUCUGGGGAAAUUAACCCUGCUGAUAUUUCCUCGUUGGCAAUGAAGGCGGCGGAACGAUGGUCACUCGAAGAGUUCAAUCCGCAUUUAUCCCUCGUUUAUUCCAACGUGUAUGCCAUUGAUUCGGCAUUGGAAAGAACCAUAAAGACCAGAGUCGAAGAUUUGUUAAGCGUGUUGAUCGAUGGGGAUAAUAGAUUGGUGGAUGAUGCGGCAAAUCUAUAUUGGCCUGAUGAUGGGUGUUUAAAGUUGGUGCGAUGUGAAGGUGAGGUUAAAGAUUGGGAAGUGUUAGGAUCCAUCGAUUAUCACUUGACGUGA